GCCAUUCAUACGCGCUUCCAUCAACCCUUUGGUCUUGGAAGCCAAAUCAAACCUUUCCUUCAAUCCUCAAAUUUUCGAAAAUUUUCUCUUUUGCUUUACGUUCUCUCAAUUCUUAUUUGUAAGAAAGUUUGUUCCUUUAAUCAAUCAAAUCAAAGAGACUUUUGAAGAUUGUUUCCCAAUUUGCGUCAAUCGGGAUCGAGUCAAAUCUGAAAUCUUCUCCACUCAUCAUCUGGUACGUUUGAUGAUUCCAAAUCAGAAACAUUAAAGGACAAGAAAUGUUCGAAUUUUUGAUUGAUUCUCUCUGAUUUUCAAUCAUUUGGUUGUAGAAGCAAAAGGGUUUGGUUCAUUCAUUCUCUCGUGUUGCCCUUAUUUCGGAUUCGGAUAGAUUUGGAGCUAAAUUAGGGGUUUUGACUUUUUUAGUUUCUCCCAUUCAAUAAAUUUCGAAGCUUGUGAGGGAAAAGUCUUGGUUUUUAUUGUCAUUUAUUACUUUGCUUCUUAAAGCUUGAGAGAUCGAUUCGUAUAUUGAUUCAAACACUUGACAGUUGUGUCUUAAACUGGAAUUGUUGCAAUUAAAUGUUUAUGUUUUCAAUGAGUCUCUCUAGUUGAGUUUGAUUUCAGCUUCUUGUUCUAUCCAACAGACUAUAAGACUUAAUCAAGGGACUUUUUGUUCGGGUUUGGUUUUAAACGUCUUGGAUUCGAAGUGGUUAAGGUAUGGAUGAAAAUAAUGGAGGUUCAAGCUCACUUCCACCUUUCCUUACUAAAACAUAUGAAAUGGUUGAUGAUUCUUCUUCUGACUCGGUCGUUGCUUGGAGCGAAAACAACAAAAGCUUCAUCGUCAAGAAUCCAGCAGAGUUUUCAAGAGACCUUCUUCCGAGAUUCUUCAAGCAUAAGAAUUUCUCAAGUUUCAUCCGUCAGCUUAAUACAUAUGGUUUUCGAAAAGUAGAUCCUGAGAAAUGGGAAUUCUUGAAUGAUGAUUUUGUUAGAGGUCGACCUUACCUUAUGAAGAACAUUCAUAGACGAAAACCGGUUCAUAGCCACUCGUUAGUGAAUCUACAAGCGCAAAAUCCUUUGACGGAAUCAGAAAGACGGAGCAUGGAGGAUCAGAUAGAAAGACUGAAAAAUGAGAAAGAAGGCCUUCUUGCGGAGUUACAGAACCAAGAGCAAGAACGGAAAGAGUUUGAGCUGCAAGUAACGACAUUGAAAGAUCGGUUACAACAUAUGGAACAACAUCAGAAAUCAAUAGUGGCAUAUGUUUCACAGGUUUUGGGAAAACCAGGACUUUCACUAAACCUCGAAAACCAUGAGAGAAGAAAAAGAAGAUUUCAAGAGAACUCUCUUCCUCCAAGCAGUUCACACAUAGAACAGGUCGAAAAGUUAGAAUCUUCGCUAACGUUUUGGGAGAAUCUUGUAUCGGAAUCAUGCGAGAAGAGCGGUUUGCAGUCAUCAAGCAUGGAUCAUGAUGCAGCUGAGUCAAGUCUAAGUAUUGGCGAUACACGACCCAAAUCAUCGAAGAUUGAUAUGAACUCAGAGCCGCCCGUUACCGUUACUGCGCCUGCUCCAAAAACAGGCGUUAACGAUGACUUUUGGGAACAAUGUUUGACAGAGAACCCUGGAUCAACCGAGCAACAAGAAGUUCAGUCAGAGAGAAGAGAUGUCGGUAAUGAUAAUAAUGGUAAUAAGAUUGGAAAUCAAAGGACGUAUUGGUGGAAUUCAGGGAAUGUAAAUAACAUUACAGAGAAAGCUUCUUGACAUGAAUGAGGUUUUUGUAAAAUAGUUUUCUUUUGGUUCCACUGAGAUUAUUGUAUGUGUUCAUUAUUUAUUACUCUGUUUCUGUAAAAACAAAUCUCUCUAUUGUUUGAGGCAGGAGUGACAUAAAUGCAUAUGCAGAAUUGGUUUCUUUGCCUUCA